CGCCUGCCCAGCCUUAAAUCUAGUCUGUAUCCUACUCAAAGCUCCCUCAUCUCACGCACCUUCUAUCCAUGUCAAGCAGUGCAGCCUCAGGACCAAUGGGGGAGAGCUCCAAGCGUAAAGCCGGCAGUGAAGCAGUUGCAGGAAGCAGCAGCAGCAGCAGCAUCUCCCGCGAUGGGAAGAAGGCCAAGCUAAAACCACAGGACGAAGCCACUGCUACGGGAGCUGCCGCUGCUGCUCUGAGCGUAGACGAAGACGACGAAUGGGCCCGAUUUCAGCAGGAAGUCCUUGCAGGAUCUGCUGAAGAUACCUCUAGUGCUGGUACUAGCGGCUCUCUCCUCCCGCCACCACCACCACCACCCACAAACAUCUACGCGAACGCAACGAUUGAAGCGCAGCCUGAGCUCCGGCGACCACCGAACUCAGCAGAAGGAGAUGUGGAUGGCCCUGACACUGGCUCUGGGACUCAAGAGGAGGAGACAGAAGCCCAACGUCGUCGUCGUCUCGCUCGAGAGGAGCACGAAGAGAUCCUCUCCCGACUAGAGGAGGAGCAGAGGUUACAGGAUGAGGCCGAGGAGAGGGUAUCCUCUCUCAAAUCGCGACUGGAAAGGAUCAAAGCGGCACGAGCUGCCAAAUCGUCCUCUUCUAUAUCUGUAUCAAAGACAGAGGACAAGAGCAAGAGGAACAGCAGCAACAGUGGUAGUCAUAAUGGGAGUGGGAUUAACGGCACUAGCACUGGCACUGGCGCUGGCACUGGGGCUGGCAGUGGGAGCAAAAGUAGAGAGGAAGUGAAGAGCGUCGAAAAGGCGACGUGA